AGAAGCCAUAGUCCUGCAGUCCUCUUUGGAGCAUCAACUUCCACUGCGCUUCGGUGGUGCUGAGAUGUUUUGGUUCCUACUACUGCUCUCUCUUCCCUUCAUCCUGUACUUGGUCACGCCAAAAAUCAGGAAAAUGCUAUCCAGUGGGGUGUGCACAUCUAAUGUCCAGCUUUCCGGGAAGGUAGCCAUAGUCACCGGUGCUAAUACAGGCAUUGGGAAGGAGACAGCUAAAGACCUGGCCCAAAGAGGAGCCCGUGUGUAUUUAGCUUGCCGGGAUGUGCAAAAGGGGGAACUGGUGGCCAGUGAGAUCCAAGGCAUCACAGGGAACAGUCAGGUCCUGGUACGGAAACUGGACCUAGCUGAUACCAAGUCUAUUCGAGCCUUUGCCAAAGACUUCUUAGCUGAGGAAAAGCAUCUGCACAUUCUAAUCAACAAUGCGGGCGUGAUGAUGUGCCCCUACUUGAAGACCGCAGACGGCUUUGAGAUGCACAUUGGAGUCAACCACCUGGGUCACUUCCUCUUGACCCAUUUGCUGCUAGAAAAGCUGAAGGAAUCAGCCCCAUCAAGGAUAGUCAAUGUGUCUUCUUUGGCACACCAUCUGGGUAGGAUCCACUUCCAUAACCUGCAGGGUGAGAAGUUCUACAGUGCAGGUCUCGCAUACUGCCACAGCAAACUAGCCAACAUUCUCUUCACUAAGGAGCUGGCCAGGAGGCUGAAAGGCUCUAAAGUGACAACAUAUUCUGUCCACCCUGGCACAGUCCAUUCUGAAUUGAUUCGACACUCAUCGUUUAUGAGAUGGAUGUGGCAGCUCUUCUUCUUUUUUAUCAAGACCCCUCAACAGGGAGCUCAGACGAGCCUGUACUGCGCCGUAACAGAAGGUCUCGAGAGCCUCAGUGGCAGUCAUUUCAGUCUCUCUGUUUCCCUUCCAGUGAUUGCCAAUUGGCAUGGGUCUCUAGCCAAGCUCGCAAUGAGACAGUAGCCAGGCGGCUGUGGGAUGUCAGCUGUGACCUGCUGGGCCUCCCAAUGGAUUGGUAAGUGGUGGUUUGGACUCAAAAGAAGAUUGGAGGAGAUGAUUAUCCUUCAAAGUGGCCAAAAUCUUGAAUACGAAGAGUGUAGAACUUCAAGCCUUGCCUGCUUGGCAUCCAGUUAAAUCCCAGUACACUGCCAGGUUCCUCUAAGCCCUUGAGUUUCUACUGACUGAUUUUGUUCCUGCUCCUGCCAGCAUUUCUAGUGGUAUCACUGACUAAGACAGAGGACCUUCGUGUGACCUACACAGCUCCUAUUUUCCUUUGGAAGCUACUCCUACCUAGGAGCAUGAAGUCCUGUGAAGACUGGUGCAUGGCCAUGUGGGUUAGAUGGAGCCCCUCCCAACCAACCAUCCUUUCCUGGAAGAACUCCAUUGUAGCCUCAGCCAAACUUCAGGAGUCCAGUGACCUGGCGCAAGGACAGGUCUUUGUGGUCCUAACAUCUGGAUACUUAAGAAAAAUUUUUACUAAGUCUGGCAGUCUGAAGCUUUUGCUACUGAAACACUUUUCUAUGUCCAGACCACAGAAGAGCUUCCUUCUCUAAGAAGUUUAUGGAAUUUGAAGGGCAGAGAUAAAAAUAAAGCCAAACUCUCAUCUUCCUGCUAUUUCUCAGCCUAGUAAGGAGGUAAUGAAAGGAAUGUUAUGAUAGGUCACUGGGGUCAGCUACUGACCCCAGACCCACGGAGGCCUCUUUAUUGUGCCUUAGGUUCUCUUAGGAAACUAGAAAGGGAAAGGCCUUCUCAUUGUCAUUGUGUUAAUUUUGUGUGUCUUCUUGUGUGUUCAUGCAGUUUGGUGUGUUUCCACCAAAUUCACAGUAGCCACAAAGGAGAAAUUCUUAACCAGACUGAAUUGUAGACAAAUUACCAGAGAUGGAAUAAUUCACUGUGGAGUCUUUGAGUAUAGUUGCAAAGUGAGGGAAACACUAUCUGUGUUGUAAUCAGUCACUGAGAAGCACAGAUGCUGCAGGGAAUAAGUUUAAAAGAAGAAAACUCCAAGGAGGUAACACAUGAUAAUGAAGGGGUCAGCUAAGGAUCUAAAACCAUAACUGAAAGGCAGUAAUAGCCAGCUAUAGAAAGGCACACUAUCUUAAUCACCAGUCAGUGUAGAAAGAAAACGUCAAAAGCACAGAGUGAAACCAAGUCUCUAUUUAGAAAUGUUAUCCUAAGGAUUGGUAAUUAUAGUCAGUUGAUAAUCUUUCAGAGCAUUUUCUUACAUUAGCUUGACAAGAUGUCCUUUUCAGGAGUGUGUGUGGAGAGAUGGGAUGGCUUAGAUGACUGAUGUUCCAGAGGACCCUGGUUCAAUUACUAGGACCCACAUGGUAACUCACAACCAUCUAUAACCUAAAUUAUAGAACGAUCUAAAGGAUCUAACAGCCUCAUCUACCUCCACAGGCACUGCAGGAAUGUGGUGCACAGAUAACAAUGCAGGCAUUCAUAUACAUACUUUUGUAAAAAAAAAAAAUCAACCUUGACAUUGGAGGGCGUGCUUUCCUGGAAUGUGUGAGGCCCUGGGUUUGACCGUAGCACUGCAAAAGAAAGUGGAGAUAGCUUCAAUUUACUAAAAUUUUGCUUUAUUUGGCGAGCUUUUAUCAAAAGCAAUACAGACAAAGGGUGUCAGGCAUCCCUCCUGUUCCGAUCACUUGUUCGGUGGAUGCUAUUCUAAGGGAGUUUGCCAUUUCCUUGGGCUGACAAUUAUAUUCUAAGCUUGAAUAUGUAAGACUGACAGGACCACAAUCUUUAACUUCUAAUAUUUGUAAAUUAAUAAUUUUUAUGGGCUUGUUCUGACCAAUAAACAUAUUUUAAGAUUAGUUUAUAGGGACAUUGGAAAACUUUUGACAAUGCAGUGAUUAAUUGAAUUUUACUUAAUUUAUAUUCAUUUGCCAAUGAAAAUAAAGAUUCUUUUCAAUUA